AACAAUUCAAGCCCACCAGCAAGCACGCACAAAUACCAGAACCGCCGGAGGCUCUGUUUUUGAUCUCGCCGAUAUCUUUCCUAGCCCGUGGUCAACCUUUGUGGUGGCCCCUCAGCUGUUUCCCCCACGUUUAGAUAUGCGGUGACCGACGCUCUACAAAGCAACCAUUGUUCGCAAUGGACGCCUACCCAGAAGAUUACGUUGUCCACAACACCCCUCUUGUCCUUCUCUCCGGCCUAGAAGCAGACACUACGGAUGAACCCGAAUCAUGCGAUGCCGAUUACCCCUUCUUUGAGAGGGGCGCGAAGAUUUACUCCGAUUUCCCGUCAUUGAGCGGAGCGGCUGCGGAGGAAUUGCGGAGUGUGCUGUUGGAAGAAGAUACAUCGCAGGUUCCGUGGAAUCCUAGAGAAGACAAUCAAACGAGGUCGACCGGAGUUGGAUUCAAAAUAAAAAGUGUUGGACGGACUUAUAGACUUCCACCGCGCAAAGCCGACCCCCCACCUGUAUCCCCCCCGACUAGUCCUACCGACGGACAAGAUGAUGAUGCCCCGCGCUUGUCUUUUGUUCUCCAUUCUCCGAUCUCCCCAUUGACACCAAGCUCUCCCACUUUCCCAGAUGGCCUGGUAACUCCUCUAUGGGUCGAGAAGCACCAGAAACUAGUUCCCGCGGCCGUUAUCAACUUCUUUCCUUUUUCGUUGGACCACAAUAUGAGUUCUCUCCGUGAUAACCAGCUCAAGAUAGAAAUCAAUGGCUUGAAGAAAGAAUGGUCUUCCUCCGGAUACAAGACUCGGUUUUUAGUUGUUCUGCUGUCCGAAGAAGGUGACAUUUUGGAGGAUGCAGAUGACCGACUAGCAAGCAUUCGCAGAGCAACCAAUCUUGAUCCCAGAUCGAUCAUGCUCCUCCCCUCUGACUCAACACGGAGUGAGCUGAAAGGAUUUGCAGGAUCCUUAUUCUCUUUCUUACAACCAUCAGUAGUUGAAUACUACCGAGAUCUAUCCAAGCAUGCAAGGCGAAAGCGAAAUCGAAGCAGCAUUCCUCCGCCUACGGCGCCUCCUACAAGCGGCACAUCCCAAACCCUAUCACUCCAAGGGUGGAAUGUUCGAUAUGAGUUCAAACUGGGGAUAUUCGCUGAAUUCCGACAAGAAAUGGAUGCAGCACUAAGGAAUUACGAAAGUGCCUAUGAGACUCUGUUUGGGCAGGAGGUUUUCGAGAACAUCGCCGGCUGGAAUCCAAGAUUCAAUGAUGCACGUCUUUUGGCCGAUUCUCUCGCCAUGCGAAUAAUUCGCUGCCUGUUUUGGGCGGGACAAACUAUGGCUGCGGUCCGGUCAUGGGUUAACCACCGAAGUCGCUGUCAAGAUAUCCUAAACCGACGCGGUAAAGGAAGUAGAAACUAUGGGUGGGAGGCGUGGGAGUCAAGAUGGUCAAUGGUGAUGGCGCAGCUUAUUCACCGGGCUGAAAUUCCUUUUUUCUGUGCCCCAGACGCGCAUCACUCAAUUUUUAUCCCCCGCGACAGACUAUUGCCCACCGUUGAUGGCAUCUAUCCCUGGGAGCAACUUCACCACGAGGGUUAUUGGCUGUAUCGCUCAGCGAAACACUCCAUACUCCGGCGGAAACUUGCACAGCAGAUUCCGGAUGAAGAUCGAAUGCCUCCCGGACAGUCACCCGCGUCACAGAUAGCAAGCAAAUCUUAUCUGUACGACACAUAUUUGGCCCCGGAGACCCAUGUAGAAGCUCCUCUGGCGGGGAUGACUGGAUUUGAUCACUCGCAUCUAAUCUUGUGUACUCUGAGAGCGGCACUGGCGGAAUUUUCAAAGCGUGAUCAAACGCGGAAGGUCGAGAGUCUGAGCUUAGAGAUAGCAGAAGAAUACAUCCGUAUUGGCUCAUGGUCUGACGGUCUUGAGACACUGCGUCCGCUGUGGUCAGCUCUCAGCUGGCGGCGUUCUGGCUGGUGGCCGCUCAUGGAAAAAUUUGCACGGGCUCUAAGAGAGUGUGCCGUGAAGGCGCAGGAUAGUGAGACUAUUCUCCGUGUGGACUGGGAAUUACUCAACAAGGCUUUCCCCGCACGGCCUGACGGGUAUUACGAUAUACAUAAAAGUCUCAAAGACCUUCCAUUGGAGAAGCCCAAGCCUUCAGUUGUACUCAAAGCAGAAGAUGUCAUAUCGAGUCUUGCAGCGUCAUUCAUAUUUGAAAAGUCAGAAGGGAACGUUGGCGAACCUUUACAAGUCCAGCUUGUGAUUACAUCAUCUGCUCAGCCAUCAUCUGGCCCCAUCAAGCUCUCCGAGGUCAAAGUUGUCUUUGAAGGCUGCCUUCGUCCGGUAAAGCUUCAAUCCGACCGUAACGCCGAUGCCGAUAUAACAACCCCCUGCGUCAUGUCAUCCCCCUCAUUACGCGAACCCAGCACAAAUUCUUCUUCCCUCCAGUCACCUACUAGCGGCUUAGGGUCGCUCAUCGGCAUUGCAGACUUGACCAUUGGUCCCUCCCAAACCAAAGUGUUCAAUUUAGCAUGCAUUCCCAGAGAAGCCGGAGAGGCUAGAGUAGCUUCGACCACUAUGUUAGUUGAGGAAGAGGCAUUUGAUCUUGCUUGUGUCACAACCGACCAAAGCCAACGGGAAACGUUCUGGUGGCAGCAGACUCAAAAGGGUGCAUCCAGAAGAAGGGUAGGCAAGGGUCGAGAUACCACUAGGUGCAAGAUUAUGCCCAAACCGCCAAAGAUACGAAUUACGACACCAGAUCUUAAGGAAACUUAUUAUACCAACGAGAGAAUUAUUCUGACGCUCGGCAUUCAUAACGACGAGGAUGAGGCCGCGGAUGUCUCAGCCGAGGCGAGAUUGUUUGGCCGUCCGGAGUCCGCGACUAAGAUUUUGUGGCUUGAUGAGGAGAAUAAUACAGACACACAUGAUUCUGGUCAGAGUUCUCCAACCGAGGGGGCUUCACACUUCGUCAAACGACCGCUUGGAAUCAUGGAGGCUUCCUCCAAGCAGGAGUUGGUGAUUGUGCUAGCAGAUACUAAUGAUGCUUCAGACUAUGAGAUUGAAAUCUCUGCCGUAUAUAAUCUAGUGUCAGACACUCAAACGCCCAUCAUCAAGACUGUGACAGCGGGCCUAUCGAUCAUUCGGCCCUUUGAAGCAAACUAUGAAUUUGUCCCCCGCCUUCAUCCGCACCCAUGGCCCGAUUUCUUCCAGGUCGAUGACGGGUUGAUCGGGGACGAAUCUGAUCACACGAAAUCUUGGGGGCUGCAGCAAAAAUGGUGCCUCAAUUCCAAGGUUGUCUCUUUUGCUCUGGAGCCUCUUGUUAUCGAGAAGAUGUCCUUGGUGUUGCUUGGACUCGGUGGCGGAGCGGUCUGUCAAAUUGGCCCAGAGAUGGUUGUCAACCCAGAUGCAGCUGAAAUAGGUCCUGAAGAGCUUCGAGAAUCCAAUUUCAUUCUGGACAUUCAAAAGGUCAUUCUGGGGGAUCGACGCCCUACCUCUCUUAAUAUGGCAUUGGACGUCCACUGGCGCCGUCGAGAUAACGGGGGCGCUACUUCUGAAUCUUCAGCCGACAGCUGUUCUGUGACCACCAGUCUUGCGAUUCCCCGUUUCGUGGUGCCUACUGGUGAACCUCGCGUGCUAGCCUCAGCAAGGCCCUCCGAAACUCUUUCCGGGCUGAUUCAUCUGAACUACACCCUGGAAAAUCCGUCAAUGCAUUUCCUCACCUUCAAUUUAACGAUGGAAGCAAGUGAGUAUUUUGCAUUUAGCGGUCCAAAGACGAUGGUCGUUCAACUUGUUCCAUUGAGUCGACACACAGUGCGAUACAACCUGUUGGCGUCGAAACGAGGCCUGUGGAUACAGCCUCAACUCGUUGUGGUGGACACUUAUUUCAAUAAGAACCUGCGGAUUCUCCCAACUGAGGAAAUGCGAUCCGACAAGAAAGGCAUAUUAGUAUGGGUUGAUGCUGAUGACUAGUUUACGGGUGAUAUGAAAACCCCCCCCUUCUCUCUCUCUCUCUCUCUCUGGUUUCAAAGAAGUACUAUAGUUCAAGGACAUGGUAUGAUCUGGAUACUGCAUGAAAUGUCCAAUGCUUUUUUUUUGACGGUAGACCAAGUAGAGCAGAUAUAUAUAUAAAUCAAUGCCUUCUUCUGUUC